AUCGCACGCAUGCGUGGUAAAUUGGGUUUGUUGCACCCGAGGAACGAAAACAUCGUAAUAAUAUUUUCAAGGUGGAUCUAUUCACUUAUUGACAAUGCUGCUGAGUCGAAAACUGAAGAUAUUCUCGAUAUUGGCUAUUUUUGGGGUGGUUUUUGUGACUGCAUCUUUCGUCAGUCCAGGAUGGGUGAAUUGUAAAUUAAGCAACAUAAAAAGUUUCAUGGUCAUCAGUGGUCAUCAAGGAUACCCCAAAAAAGCACAUCUAUCAGCAGGACUGUGGUAUUAUACCUUAUGUAUUCAACGGUUUAGUUGGAAUGAUGAAUCAUUGAAAGAGGAGGACUGUCACUUGGCUACAUACCCCUUUAAGAUUGAGUCACCCUAUUUAGAUCCAGCGUAUGAAAGAUUUAAAGGGCUGUCUAGUCAUUUUAUGCUGGAAACCCAGAUCAUGUCCUCCAUUGGAUUUUUCUGUGCUGUGCUUGGCUUCAUGGGAACUAUUGUAUACACACGGACUUUAACGAAAUCCAGAUGGGCUGGAUUGUUAGCCUGCACCAGUCUUUUCAUCUCGGGUUGGACGUAUAUCGCAAUGAUAGUGAAGAUAGGAAUUUCAACUAAUAUUUACCACAAAGAUUUUUGGGAAUACACAGGAUGGGAAAUAGACCAAUUUUAUUGCCCUUGGGGUCUCAUUUUGGUAGGAAUUGGGGGCGUCUUAAUCCUGGUUUCAGCCGUUGGCCAUUUGUUUAUCCUGUCCAGAAAUAAAACAAAGGAUGAUAUACACGUGUUCCAUAUCCACAAAGGAACGAACCAAGAAAUCAUCUCGCAGCAUUCCUACACGACCAUAGCACCACCAGGAUACCACGCGACUGUUGAGUUAAAGGUGCCACUUGUUGGCAGUAUGGAGAAAAAUGAGGAGGCCGGCUGUCGUUCAUUUAAAUGAGAGUUUUCCCAAUUCGUAAUCUUAGUGAUGUGGUUUGACUUAUUCUUCUGAAUUUCUUGAAAUUAGAAAUUUUUGUAACCCUUAGUUGUAUGACAUUCCAUUUUUCUUUUUUUAAUAAUCACUAAAUGUACAUCUUGUAAAUUUUAGUAUAUCUCCUGAUGAUGUCCGUGAAAUAUUGUUCCAAUCAUUUCCUUUGCUAUUUGUGUCACUAAAAUAUCUUUAGAUUAUUUCGUUAAGGAAGAAGUAUUUUCUGGUUUUCGACUACAAGCAGACCCGUUCGAUGUUCUACAGAAAGGAAUGCUUCCAUUCUACUUAUUCCUCGGCUGAAUUAAAUUCGAUUAAAUGGUCAUUAAAUCAAGAUGAAAGAAUAUUAAAAAUAUUUUUCCUUCUGUUCUACUAUCAUACAACUUGGCAUAGAAAUAGUAAUCAAAGUUUUGAAUCUAACAAGGACUCUAUUUUUGGCGGAAAAUUGGCAUAGGAAAAUAUCACAAUUUUUUUGCAAUUCAGAAAUGCUAUACAUAUAUGAGUCUAUUCAGCAUUUCUAUUUAGCAUUUUCCAAACAAUAACAUUAACAUUGGAUUUUUUCAACUAAUGUGAACUAAUGAUAAUGUACUUGGGUUUCUGAAUAUGUUUUUAAAAUAUGAUUCGCCUAAUUUUCAAAUUACAUUUUAAUAGCUUUUUUAAUCAAUUUUUUUAACAUAAAUUUGUGCGAAAAAUCACUGAAAUUAGACUUUCUCCCUUAAUGAAAGGUAAAAAAAUUAGCUUUUCUGUCAGUAUAUAUCUUUAUGUAAGUUCUUCAUUCUAUGUAAAAAUCAGAAAUAUUUUAUCAUUGGAAGCAUAAAAAAAUCAAAAUAUCUAAAUAUUUUAAGAAAAUUCGAGGAUAGGCGGGCUAAGCAAAUUAGCUAAUACACUUUUUGAUAUUCUAUCAUUUCAUUGAAGAAUAGAAACAUCAUAUCUUAAACAGAUUUCUACAAAACGUCAGAUAACUACAUUUAUUUGAAUUAUCCUUUAACUUGAGGAAAAGAUAGUGACUUUGACCUGACCUUGAUACGAAAACAAGAUGGUCAAAUUUGAUUAAACUGAUAGAAUCAUUUGGCUAUGUGAUCAGUUUGACUGUUUAAAAAUUUAUGAAUUUCUUGAUAUAAGAAGUCUGUCUGAUAACGAGAAAAUUUCUUUCUUAAGUUACACGUUACAAAGAACAUACAAUUGGACAUUUUUGUUAUUCCAUAUAAAACAACGAAUGUUAUUAUUUGUCAGAACUAGCUGGAUAUCCACGGCUAAUACCUAAGAAGUUGUCGACCAUGUCACAGAUUUACAUUCGCUGAGAAAACGGUAGCCAGAUAUUUUAUUUAGAAUUCAAACCACAAGGGCUAAGGAAAGGCUAAAACUUAACAAUAUUAUAGUAUAAACGCAUAUUAAUAUUACACCAUAUAUACAUAUAAAAUGCUCGAACUCGGACAAACUCCAUAUUUUAAGGCGGGCGACAAACAACACGAAUUUUUUGAUUAUUGUUUUGUAUUUUAAAAAAAAAUAUUGUUUGCCUUUUGUUUUAUGAAUGUCAGCUCACGAAUUCCGUAAGAUCAGAAGUACUUUUCCCACCUAGUCCGCUCUCUGCCCCAAUCUAAAAUAUAUAUGAAAAAGACUCUUGUUCGGACCUACGUUUAAGUCUAUACGCUAUUUGAGCAAUUAUGGGAAUAAGAUAUGGUAUAGACUUCUAUAUCGGUGCGAUUUUACAAUUUUAUAGUAAAACUAAACAUUUUUUAUGAAUAUAUAAAGAACUUUGAACACAUCCAGUCUGGCAUUCAUCAUCACCAAAAUUUUUCGCCCGCAGAAAAAGUUAAAUUUUCUAUGGCGAUUUGGCGGACGGCUAUCUAAAACACCGUUGUUGUGUUUAAAAUGAAAAUUUGUAAUUAUUACACGGCAUGAUAUGCGUCCUUUUAAUACAAGA